UAUACUCUAGUGAAAAAUCACAGUGAUCUCAGAGCUGAAUAAUAGAAUACUAAGUACUAACAGUGUGUUGAAAAUUAGGUAGAAAAAAAAAUGGGUGAAGAGAAAGAAGAUCCACAGAAACUGAAGCGAUUAGCGGCGGAUUCAUACGACUACGAUAACGACUCACGAUGGCCCGAUUAUUGGAACAACAUUCUUAUCCCUCCUCAUAUGUCUUCUCGUGACGACGUCGUUUCUCACUUCAAACGCAAAUUCUAUCAACGCUAUAUUGAUCCCGAUCUUGUGGUAGAACCAAUGUCUUUGAGUAGUUCAUCUCAGCCACCACGGUCGCCAGCAUCCUCAUCGUCAUCAACGCAACCCAGGUCAAAUGAUCAAGCUCGUGCAAGAAGCACAGGAUCAACUAAUAGAACUUCUGGGACAUCUGCAACUACGGGUCCUAAUCCAAAUCCUCUGCAUUGGGAUCGACAGACGAUUCUAUUUUCUGUUAAUGCUUGGGUGUUUGUUGUGGCAUUCCUUGCAGCUGUUCCAAUAAUACCUAAGCAUCUUUCUCAUAGGGCUUAUCGUCUUUCUUUUAUGGGUACUACAUGCUCUUCUCUAUACUCACUGUACUCACAAUAUGGGAAGCCAAGAGCGUGGAAUAUGCAGGCCUUGCAAGUUUACUUUCAAACAAUAAUUGCUUCAAAGGAUUUUAUAUACUUUGUGUACUGCCUAACAUUUGUUACAUCACAUCUUUGCCUUAAAUUUGCUUUGAUCCCUAUCUUAUGUUGGUCAUUUGAACACGUUGCCAAGUUCCUUAGACGUAAUUUCAGUCGCUCUACCUUGUACAGGAAGUACUUGGAAGAGCCUUGUGUUUGGGUGGAGUCAAACAAUACUACUCUCAAUAUACUGACAUCACAUGCUGAGAUUGGACUUGGAUUCCUCCUUGUCCUUUCGCUGUUCUCGUGGCAACGCAACAUAAUACAAACAUUCAUGUACUGGCAGCUUUUGAAGCUCAUGUAUCAUGUUCCUGUUACCGCGGCUUAUCAUCAGAGUGUUUGGGCGAAAAUUGGGAGGACGAUUAAUCCUCUCGUCCACCGCCAUGCACCGUUCUUGAAGACUCCUCUAUCUGCAGUCCAAAGAUGGUGGCUAAGGUAGAAAUUUGGCUAAAGUUGUUAUUUCAUUGGAACAACACCAAGUAGACAUUUUUGUGCUUUUCACUUCCAAAUACAAAUUGGUUACAGAGAAUUGAAAGUAGAUUCUGGACUGAAUAAUAAUGAUUUAAUUGACUAUUUGAUUAAGUAUUUGUAUGCUUAAUUAUACUUUAGGUUUA